AUGGCCAAGCAGCGCAAAUCCAAGCGACAGCUCGUGCGAGACGAGCGGCGCAAGAAGAAGCGCGAGAACGAACUGCAGGAUGACGAGGCACGCGAGGACACGCGGGACGCAAAGCGACAGCGGAUCCACGAGGACGGCAUGGACCAGGUCAACGGCGGGAACCUGUACUAUGAAGACGAUGGGGAUGGUAAGAGUGGUCCGCGAGAUGGCGGACAAGAGUAUGGUGGACGAGAGUAUGCUGUUCCACGACAGCGUGCUGGCCCACGAGAGUUUCCGGGCUCGCGAGAGUAUCCCGAAUCACGAGAAUACCCCGGCCCAGAACAUGCUGGCCCAGAUUAUGCUGGCACCGGGGAUCCACGUGAGUUCUUUGGGCUGCUGAGCGAGGCUGAGCAGGAGUAUUUCCGCCGGGCCGACGAGCUGUUGGAGCUCAACGAGUUCGACACACCGGCUGAACGGCGGGUCUUCCUGGCCAACGUCUUCCGCGAGGCCCGCGGCAAGGAGCUCAAGCUGGCCAGCAGUCAGUCGUGCUCGCGGCUGAUGGAGCGGCUGAUGCAGCUGGCGACGACACGCCAGAAGAAGCGCCUGUUUGGCGCAUUUUCCACCCACUUCAUGACGCUCGUGAGCCAUCGAUUCGCCGGUCAUUGCUGCGAGCAGCUCUUCCUGCAGUCGGCCCGUGCCGUUGGCAAAGAGGGCACGGCCGACGACGACGAAGACGAGGCCGAGGCUGAGGCUGCCGACGAUAACGACGAUGGUAACGACAAGAACGACACGUCCAUGGAGCAACACUUUUUGCUUGUGCUCGACGAGCUUGAGCCCCACGUCUCCGCCCUACUGACCGACCGUUUCGGCUCUCACGCACUGCGCGUCCUGCUUGUCGUUCUCUCCGGCCGGCCACUCGACCAGCUGGCCACUCGCACGAUGAUGCGCAGCCGCAAGAAGGAGGUCGUCACCGUGGCUGGCGAGGAGGCCCGGAAGCGCGCAGCCGCCAGCGACGGCGACGCAUCUACCACCAAUGCCAUAGCAAGCAGCUCGACCACCGCAUCGGCUGCAGCUGUCCGCUCAGUCCCACCGUCUUUUGUCGCUGCCGUCCGCAAGAUCCUUGCCGAUAUUGUGGCCGCUCUCGAUCCGGCUUCUCUGCGUGUCAUGGCCACCCAUCCGACCGGAAACCCAGUGCUGCAGCUGUUGCUCGAGCUCGAGAUGGGCGAGGAAAAGAAGACAAAGAAAGGAAAGGAGGCCAAGGAGGAGGAUGACACUCUACUGGGCCGACUGCUGCCCGGUGCCCCGGCCUCGCUGUCCGAUCCGCAGUCACCCGCCGCCGAGCUCAUCCGCACGCUCGUCUAUGACCGCAUCGGCUCCCGUCUGCUGGAGACGCUGGUGAACAACAGCCCCGGACGGCUGUUCAAGGCACUGUACGCAAGCACGUUUGCGGCACAGGUUGAGGCUGAUGACGCCGAUGAGAGCAGCAAGGAAAAGGACACCUCGACCUCCUUCGCCCGCCCCAUGGCCGUUUACCUCCGCAAUGACGUCGCCUGUUAUCCGGCCAUACGCGUGCUGGAGCGGCUGGGCCGUGACGAGCUAGUUGCCGUCAUCACCCAGCAGAUCCUGGCCGCGCCCACCGCCGCGUCCAUGUCUGGCCGUACCGCCGCGCCUGCCGCCGUGGUGGCCCAGCUGGUCGAACGCCAACGUUUCAGCGUGCUGCGGACUCUCUUUGUCCGGUGUGCCGCGCGUUCCGUCGACCAGACUGUGGUGCGCCAGCUGGUCGAAGCCCUGCGUCAGGCCGUCGGAGCCGAGCGUCACAGCGACUCAGCCAAGCUGAUCACCCGGCUGUGUCUGGGCGAAUCCGAUGGUGAUGUCGACGAGUCGGAGAAGCUCCGUGGCGGCGACGUCAGGGAUGAGAAGAAAGAAGCCGCUGCUGUGGCCCACGGCUGUCUCCUAGUGACGGCCAUGCAGGCCAUUCCGGGUCCACCAGCCCAGGCCGUGCAGAAGUCGCUUCUGGCACUGUCGAGUGAGCAGCUGGCACACUUGGCCACGGCCACGACGGCCUCAGCCGCUAUCGUCAUUACCGCCAUUGCCGCCACCAACAGCGACAGCCACAGCCGCAGCCAAGCACCCGUGGUCAAGCAGCUGGUGGCCCGUCUGGUGCCUGCCUAUCUGCAGCUGGCAACAUCGCCGUCUGGUCAUGCUGUCCUGGUGGCCAUUGUGCAGAGGCCGUCACGGGUGGCUGAUGCCUCGGCAGGAGCUUCGGGAGGAACACCAGCUGGAGCCUUUGUGGCCCAUCUCGAGCUGCCCUUCCACCUGAAGGAGGCAUUCGUGUCACAGCUCUCGACACAAGAGGACACACUGCGGGCCUGCUGGCCUGGCCGCGUCGUGUGGCGGGCUUGGCGCAUCGACCUCUGGCGCAGCCGUCGUGCAGACUGGAUCCGCUGGAGCAAGGCAGGCGAGCCCGAGGGGCUGCAGAAAUCGACGGCACCCUUGGCGGCGGCUGCCUGGAACCGUGUCUUGGACGAAGAGGACGGUGAAUCAACAUAG